UCGACUUGCUAAAUGGCAACAAAGAUGGCGAUUUCAAUGCGAGCAGUUAGUAUUCGUCUUCUGUAGCGCAAGUUGACAAGUCCUCGGGCAUUCGGAAGUGAGUAAAAGGUCGCUAUCGGUGUGUUUUGUGCAUAAAGUGUAAUUUCGAUCGAAAAAAUAUGUUAGAGACUUUUUGAAGUAUGAGCGAAGGAGCGGAUUCGAGUACGCGUAUUUGCGAGAAUUCGCUUACGACCUUGAACACUGAGGACAAACCUAAUGUGCCUCUAUCAACGACGACUACGGGAACGACAACGAGGACGACGGAGACGACGACGAAGACGACGGCGGAGACGACGGCAGCAACUACCACGACAACAUACACUGGUAGAAGGCCACGAUUUGGUACUGGCAAUGUUCCGGAAUCCCCAUACAUAUGGAUUGACGGUAGACAAAUACGGAGCGCCUUGGCAUAUACGAAGAAAUGGCCUCCCCGACGAGUGAGUUUCCCAACAAAUGACAUCAAUUUGGUUACGGGAUAUUUGGAGCCGCCUAAUCCUUGGAGACACGCUGAAAAUGUGAAUCGUGAGGACUUGAUCACAGCGUAUAAGGAAUCCUGCAAACGGCACAACACUGAGCCAUUGGAAAAAGUUUUAGCUCAAUUAGAGAGUUGGGAUUUGUCUGAAGAACGUAAUAAUGAAUUUAAUUUAAAAGGAGUAAAUUUGGAUCUGAAUCAUUCAGAAACACUAGAAGAAAUUCUUAAAAGAAUUCAGUUUAAUAAAAUUGACUUGGAAGCUACAUCUUUAAACGAUGAGAGUUCUGUAAUAUUAUUUGAUAUGCUAGAAUAUUAUGAGUCUGCAAAACAUUUGAAUAUUUCAUCUAAUUCAGAUAUUGGAGCUCGUGGUUGGCAAGCAUGUUCACAUAUGAUUAAAAAGACCCAAUGUUUAGAACAGCUUGAAGCUAAGGAUGUAAUGCUUAAUGAACAGUACAUGAAUAUUUUGAGCCGCGCAUUACGAUUAGUCUACCAUCUACACGUCCUUAAAUUAGAAAAUUGUGGACUUUCAGGAAGACCUAUCGUCAUACUAGUUACAGCUCUAAAAAUGAAUACAGGAAUAAGAGAACUUUACUUGGCUGAUAAUGGGCUCGAUUUAUACGAUGCUAUACAGCUUGGAUCUUUAUUAAGGCUAAAUAAUCACUUACAAUUACUUGAUAUUAGUAAUAAUAACAUUCAAGAUGAUGGUGUGCAUGAUCUAUUAGAAGGACUUAUUAAUCAAGUUCACGAAGAUAAAGAUGGCAAAGGAUUGAGUAUACUCAUAUUAUGGAAUAAUCGCCUUACUAAAAAAUCAUCUCCGUAUUUCUCGCGCAUUAUCUCAUUAUCAAGAACCCUGGAAACUUUAAACAUUGGACAGAACAUGUUGACUAGUGAAAUGUUAAUCACUGUGAAGGAUUCCCUUAAACAAAAUCGUAUUCUAUUACAAUUGGGAAUGCAAUCAACAGAUUUGACAUGUAAUGGAAUAAUCGCUUUAUCUGAUGUAAUUGAAAAUAAUCAAGUUUUACAGAGGAUAGAUUUGCGAGAUAAUAGUAUACAGAUGACAGGAAUGAAAGCUCUUAGUGCAGCUAUGCAAAAGAACAAGAGUGUCAUACAAUUGGAUCUAGACGACAAGCCUCGGAUAAAAAUAGAUGGAACUUUACAUCAAUAUAUGGACGUUGUGGCAGAAAUUAGAAGUUAUUGUGCACGCAAUAAAGAAAAUCAACAGAUGAAUGAGAAUACAGGGGAUUCAGAAAGUCCAAGACAUCAUAGCAGAUCCUUUAACGCGAGUAACCGUAAGAUCUCGCUUACUUGUCAGACACUGCCAUGUCCUUCAUCACCCAUGACUUCAGUAACCACCGAGGAUACCGGGCGAUCGACGCUUGAACCGAAACGUACUAGUGGGGGUCGCCUCCGUUCCCCGGCUCCUAGUCCUAUCCCCUCGCCUGUCGCAAGUCCAAUACCGAGUCCUUCUAGAAGUCGAUUUGUUGUGUCUCGAGUUUCAGAAGCAUCGUUACGUUCCACAGAUUCCUCAGCAUCUUCAUCUCCUGUAACUCCAACAUCGCUAGGACCAAUGUCCACGUGUUUCUUUCCUUCCACAAGUGGAACAUCUAGGUUUCGUGUAUCACUCGUUGAAUCAUCAAAUUGUACAUCUACACCUAAGUCUGUUUUCGCUUCAUCUAAAUCCAAUGUUACGAUUGGCUUCAACUUUAAAGUCGAUUCGGUAGAGUCUGUGGAUUCGGAUGAUUCGGACAAUAUAUUUAAAUCAGAGACAGAAACAAAUAACGAAAAGAAACAAGGUGCACAAAUUGCAAUAAAUAGUGAAAUUAGCACGACUCCAAUUAAUGUUAAUAAACAUGAUAGUAUACAACCAUUGAAUAUAUCUGAUAAUACAAAUGAACAGAGUACAAAUGAAUGUUUCACUGCUAGUAAGAAUGCUAGCGAAGUUAAUACUCAAGAUAACUUAAAUGUUUAUAUUGUCGAACAUAAGGAAGAUUCUAAAGACAAUCAAAGUGAAGCUCUAAAAGAAGAAACGAUAGAUACUUCCGCAUUAAUAUUUAAGAAAACUGAUAAUUGUAAAAGCGAAAUUAUAAAAGAUACAGAGAUUGAUUUGAAAGAUAAUAUCGAUAAAGCAAACAUAAAUAAUGAAACAGGUGAUCUUAUAAAUUUAAAUAAGGAAGAACCAAAUAUACAACAAUCGGUAGAAGAUACUCUGUCUGCAAAAUCACAAAUUCCGCUAUCAGGAAAUAAAAGUACUCCAGUUCAGAAACACACUUCCGGUUUAGAAAAGCUUCCCAGUUUAUUUCAACAUAAAGGAAAUUUUUUUUCAGAAUCGUCCAAUAUUAGUCAAACAGAUUUUAGAAAUUUAUUGCAAGGUAGUGUAAAUAGCGUGUUAGCAUUUGGCGAUAAAUUUCAUCAAUAUUUCAAAGAUGGGAAAGCAAACUGUAAAACUAAUACUUCCGGAACAUUUGCAGACAUUGUAUCUUUACCUACUAAAAGUAAAUCAUUAAAGUCAUUAAAUGUCACACAAUUGCCAACUAUACAAACGCUAACAAAUAUGUUUGCUUCAUUUAAAACGGAGACUAGUACGAAUGCCUCAGAACAACAGUCAUCCAAAAAGUGCUCCAAUCAAAUAAAGCAUGCAGAUCAGGGAUAUAACGAAGAAAAAAUGAAAGAAAAAGAUUUUAAAGAAAAAUCAUUACAUUAUAAUGUAGAAUCAUCCAAUUACGAUAGUAGAAACUUUAGUAGCGAUAAAGAAAAGGAAACUAGUGUAUCUAGUUUAAAUAUUCAAACGUUACCUGAUAAUGUCCAAUUAAAAGAUGACGGGCAUGCUAGCAGAGAUUUAAUAGCAGAAGAAAAUAGUGUUACCUCAAGCGUGGUAGUAAAAGCUUGCUCUAAAACUGUAAAUAGCGCUUCAUCGAUAAAUGUUCCAGAGAGCAAGAUGACUGUAUGUAUACCUAAGUUAAAGGAUAUACCUGAAUACUCUGUUUUAGAAGUAAGUGAAAAUAUUAUUGAAAAAGAAAACAUAGGAUAUGAAUUGGGGAACAUAGAUUCUGUAAAGAUAGAAAAAGUAUGUGAUAGAAGUUCGACUGACAGUAUUAAUUUGACUAGUGAUGAAAUAUCUUCAUCUUGUAACGUGACAUGUGAUAUAAGAGUCAUAGAUAAUGUAAAUAUUGUAAGUAUGCUCGAUGAUCCAGUAAAUUUGCAGACUACUUCUGAAAAAGAUGUUGCAGAUUCUUUGCUUCUUAAUACUUGUUGUAAGAAUGACGAAGUAGCAUCAAAUAUGCAUGUGGAUGAUUAUAACCAUGGUGUAAAUGAUAUUUCAAUGAUAAAUCAUGAUGUGUUAGAAAUUAAUGUAGAAAAAAAGAAAAAUUUUAAUAAUGAAGUUACCAAAAUAUGUAGUGUUAAUAUUAACAAAGAAAAUGAGAGAUGGAUCGACUUAAACGAUGCUUUAAGUCAGGAUGUAGGAGCAAAUACUUGCCAUGUGGAUAUGGGUCCACAUUCAAAGAGUACAACUGUAAAUAGUAAAGUAAAAUCAUGUAUAUCAGAGUUAAGUCUUACUUCUAAAGAUAAUGUUGAUGAUUUUAAUAAUGUUAAUGCACAAAUACAUCCAACUGCUAAUAUAUGCACGGACGAGGCUGCAGUUGCUUUAUGGAAAGAGGAUACAUUAAAUGAUCUUAUUACAGAGAAAACAUUGUUAUCCAAACCAAAUAAUGUUGAUGCAUGUCCAACUGUAUCUAAAGAUGUUAAAGUUAACAAUUAUAUAGAAAAUAAUAUAAAGAAGCCUUCUGGUAAGGAAUCUGACUUUACUAUACUUCCAACUGUAAUAUUACCACAGACAAGAGAAAAUGUUUCUGCCUCUGUUAAAAAAUCUCUUCAAGAUUUUGAAAAAUCAGACUCUGAAGAUCUUAUAUUUUGUAUUACUGAUAUAUCUAACGAUGGAAACUCUGUUAAAGAAGAAACACUUUUACCUAAUACAGUUUCUGAUACAUGGCAACAGAAUGCAGUAGAAACAGAAACUUCAUUUUUCGAUCUACCUCAGACAUCUCAUUCGUCUACAACUUUGCUUAUUAAAAAGCCAGAAAAUAUUCAUAGGAAUAGUCAAGAUUCAGGAAUCGAGGAAUCCAAUUUGUCAACUUCAGAAGAUAACAUUCCAGAGGUCGUUCAGCCGCAACAUAAAGAGAGUUUCCAGGAAAGCGUUGAUUCCGGAAUUGAAUCUGAAUGUUCAUUGGUAUGUGUUAAAGUUAAUCCUAACACAGACGAAACUGUUAAAAGCGAAAUCCCGAAGAAAACAUCAUGCAAUGUUGAUGACAACGCUGAAUGUCCCCGUAAGCGCAUUAAUGAUCUCACAGAUUUCAAAUCUGAUAUCAUUGAACACAUACAAACGAGAAAUAAUGAUACUGUAAGUGAAGUAAAUUAUUCGUAUCUUGAAAUGGUAAAAUGCGCAGUGGUCACGUCUACGUGCUCAAUAGGUGGAAUAGAAAUCACAAAUAAUGCGGCGGUUGGAACAAAUUCUGAAGAAGAUGAUAGGAUAGUUGCUGAACCGCCUGUAGUUUUUCAUGUUACAAGUCCCAAGUAAUGUGGACCACACGGAGGAUGAAGGGGAGGACGAAGAUGAAGAGGACGAGGAAGAGGACGAGGACGAGGACGAAGACGAAGAGACAAUUUACGACGAUGAUGAAGACGACGAUGAGAUAGAUGAACUCGAGGAAA